AUGGCAGAGCCCAAAUCGGAGUUGGAAGCACCAACUGUGGAUGAAGUUCAAUGCAAUGAUGCAUGUAUCAUGAAGAUUGUGGACCUGCCUAUUGUGGACCUGUAUACGCCUUUCCCAGCAUCCCUGCCGACAAAAGACGUCGCCAACUCUCCAGUUCCCCUCACUGCGCAACCGACAGCCGUCGAGAACGCUUCAGCUCUACCGUCACCCCCACCAAGUUCAGUCGUGCCUGCAAUCGCGACAACGAUCGAGUCUUCUCGUCCAACACAACAGGCAUUACCAACCCACAGCCCCAAUCGUGGCGACUCUGGGAAAUUCUACAACGUCGACCUGACCCCCUCAACAGCAUCCGCUCCGCUGGUCGCUCUCACAUUUCGCGACCGAAUGCGCCGUUGGAUUCAGCGCGCCCUCGUCAGCACUGGACAGGCAACACCGUCCACCGAUGAUUACUUUGUACAGCAAAAAGACCGCUUUCUUGGUCUGCUCCAUCACUUGGAAGCAGUAAAAUCGAGUCUUCAGCGCCAUCGAACGGUGUUGAGUCAGUUUGCCGCGUCUGCAUCCCAACUUGGCCUGGACGUUGGGUAUUCCAAUGGUGUCCAUGACGAGCAUCUGACGAAUGGGUCGCAAUAG